GUUUAUCGUCUGUUUUCUCGAGAAAACGCGUAGUGAGGGAGUCUCCCAGGUCUAAACUGCAGUACCAAUUGUCUGGUACAUUUGGUCUUCUGGUUUGCACUUCCAUGACAUUGCGGCGCAAUCAGCAAUCAUGGAUUGCAUCUGGUUCCCACGUUAACUGGUUGUGUUUUGCUUCUUGCACAAUGAGUGGUUGUGCUCAAGGAUAUUUAGGAUGGAAAUAUCUAAUCCUAAUGGAUUAUCCCAUGGAGACGAGGAAAAGGCGUUGCAAGCUUUGCUUGAUGCAUUUGGAUCUAAUUUUUCUCUAGAGGAGAUAGCUUCUGCUUAUUGCAAGGCAGGUCAAAAUGCUGAUAUGGCUGGUAAAAUUCUGUAUAAGAUGCAGGGAAACACCAGUUCUUCAACUCCUGCAUCUAAUGUUGGGAUGAGAAAUGAAAAAUCUUCCAAAUCAUCAAAUGGUGAUAUUCCUGAGAGUUCAUUUCCAAAUGAAAAGUCGAGCAUUCCAAAGAAAAAAUGGCGUCCGGUUUCAGGAGGCACUAUUUCGAGUGUUCUUAAAGAUUAUUCUAGAUCCAAUUCAAUACAUUGUGCUAAUGGUUCUCAAAUGGUAACCAAACCAUUGAAAUUGGAUCAGGAGGAGUUGCCUAUGUCUGAAAUUUGGAUGGAAAAUGAUAACUUGAAGCCGGCAAAGGGAAACAAUUUGCACAAGGAUAUGGAAGAUUUUCUGUUGAAUAUGCUUGGGUAUGGAUUCAAGCUGGAUAGGAAUGUAAUCAGACAAGUCCUUGGUGAUUGUGGGUAUGAUAUGCAAAAGAGCAUUGAGAAACUACUUAAUCAAUCAAGCAAAAGGUUGGAGAAGAGGAAUGAACCUGAUGAUAAAUCCAGUCAGAAGGCCAGUGAUAUGCGUCGAAACUCUGAAGGAUCUUCAACUCAGGAAAGGCUGCAACUACAACAUGUGGAUUAUUCUGUUUGUAGUGAAAGUAAAGUUUCAAAUACAAAUGGUGGGAAAAUAUCUAAAGAGCAAAAAGAGAGGAAUAAUCUUCAGAAGGAAGUGUUAGCCUCUUUAUUUACUGCUGCUGAUAAAUCGGAGGAGUUACCAAGAAGAUCAGUAAAAACUGUAAGGAGGCCUAUAGGAUUAGGAGAGUUGGUUACUCCAAGGGACUUGAUUCCAGAUAAGGUUGUUGCAUUUCAUUCACACUCGGAGGCCAAGGAUUAUGAGGAUGGUGCAGACAUAAAUCGGCUAAUAACACUGACAGGAUAUGCAAUAUUUAGGCGAGUCACUGUGAAAUAAUUUAAUUUUCCAACUAAUCGUC